AUGACGCUUGAGGUCUCUUCCACCCGUAUCAUAAAGAAGGGGUCGGUUUUUUUGUAUGCUGUUAUGUGGCGAUAUUUAACUCGUCGUGUCGUACUUUUUACCUCACAGGAUUUUUCAAGGGUGGUGUCCGCACUGUAUAAAGCUCGUGUUUUUGAUAUCCAGAGGGCUAUCACCUCCCCUGCUCUUCCGGAGAGUAUGCCUCUCAGUCGAUCGCAAGUCUCGUUUUCGCUCCUCUUUCAAUUCAUCUCCUUGCUCUUUGUGUCGCAGAGCACGGUGAUCCAGUACACGCUCUUCGUCAUCGUCCUCGUCGGCUCUUUUCUCUAUUGGGGUCUUCCAUCGCGAGCCCUCUGUCUCCUCAUCGCAGAACUUGAUGCGGCGCGGGACGAAUUUCAUAACAACCUCGAGAAAGGACUUCUGAAGAGCAUCAAGAAGGCUCACAGAAAGCGUUACCAGAUGUUAGAAGAAGCCGUCGCUGAGCACGCGAAGUCUUUGGAGUCCUGCGACGACCUCUUCAAGGAUGUGAAAGCCUUCUGUCUAGGACAAACUGUUGCGCUUUAUUUGUGUCUGUACAAGGUGAAAUAUUUUAGAAUGCAAACUAAAUUGCUGAAACGGCGACGUGGCAUUUAA